AUGUCAAUGUCCACUGUCAUGUCCGCCCUGCGCGGCGCCGGCCGGCAGCAGCUCUCGGCUUCAACCUUCGCCGUGAGGCAUUGGACGGGCUCCCACGUGCUCCGGAUCCACGAGUUCACGCAGGUCAGGAACAUGGUGUACCAUGGGGUGGAGAUGAGAUCAAGCACGUUCGCCGUCGGCGGCAAAGACUGGCGUAUCUGUUGCUGUCCAAACGGCCGCUAUUAUCCGUCCGAAGAUUACGUCUCCCUCUACCUCGAUCAUGAUUAUGGCAGCAAUACUCGCCACCAAAUGACUGGAGAUAUCAUGGCCAAGGUUCAAUUUAGUAUACUCGACCGGGCCUUGAAGCCAUGCUACACCCAAACCACGAAACUGGAGCGCGUCUACGGCGGCCUCAAAUGGGGUGCGUGCGAUGACUUCAUCAGGCACGGGGAUCUCGACAAGGCGAAGCAUCUCAACGACGACUGCCUCACCAUCCUGUGCGACCUCACCGUCGCCGUCACCGGCACCAACGACCGCAUGGAGGUUCCAUCGCUGCCGGGGCCGUUCGACUUGCAAGCAGGGCAACUUACCGAAGCCAUCUGGAACAAGGAACGACCGGACGUGAGGAUCGAGGUCGACGGAGAGGCGUUCGACGCGCACCGGUGGGUGCUCGAGGCCCGCUCCCCCGUCUUCAAGACGGACCUCUCGCUCGCCAAGGCAACCACUGGCAAGGCCGAGAACACCAUCGAACUACGCAUCGACGACAUGGACGCCGAGGUGUUCAAGGCUCUCCUCCAGUUCAUCUACACCGACGCGCCUCCGCUGCUGGACGCGCCUACAACCGCCGAGAGGCUGCUUGUCGCGGCCGACAAGUAUGAGCUGGAGAAGCUGAAGCUCAUGUGCGAGGAGGCGUUGUGCCGGCACAUCGGUAUGGGCUCCGUGGCGUCCACUCUAGCAUUGGCAGAGCGGCAUCGUUGCCCCGUCCUGAGGGAGGCGUGCAUGCGGUUCUUGUCUUGCGCUGGGAAUCUGGAAACCAUCAUGGCGAUGCAAAUGGAUGGGUUUGGGGAGCUAAAGAGAGACUGCUCCUCUGCUUUGCUGGAGCUUGUCACGAAGAAGAUGAUAGAAAUGGAGCAAUGA